AUGCCUCCACUGGUAGGGAAGAGCAAAUCCAAGGGUCGCGAGGGGAGACAGUCUCGCAGCCGCAAUUCUACUCCAACUUCCUCGGCCAGCGGAUCCAUAGCGCCAUUACAUACAGCCUUUCUUGAUAUUCUUAUUGGGAAUCUCAUGGUGCCCUCAAAUAUCAGCUACGAUGAUAUACUCGAGCGCCAUGGAGGCGCUGGAGGCAUACCAGAUCCAAGCCACCUGACAAUUAUGGCCAAGGACUUGAAACAGUUGAGCGACUUGGCAUCUGCACGAAGCGAUACUUGCAACGCUGGCAUGCGUGCACUGUCCGAGAAAAGAAAAGAAGCCUUAGACGAGGAAAGGCAGGUGGAACAAGAGGCUCGCGCGCGCGAAGCAGAAGAGAGGGAAACAUUAAAGACGCUGAAGAAAGAAGCCGAAGAGGAAGAUGACGAGAUUAGAGGAAGAAAGGGCGGGAAGGUGAAGAAAAAGAAAGAACGAAGUAGUGUCAGGGAAGAACGACCUUUGGCCCAUGGGGCACAUGGUCUGGCAAGGCAAGAUGGGCUGGACCUGCCACUCAAAGCUUCGCCCAGCCAGGCUCCCAAGGACACGCCGUCACCUCGAAAGAGAAAACUCGAUGCAGUGUGCGGAAGCUCGUCAUCUUUAUCGGAAGCUUCACCGCUUGCAUCACCAUUGACCGCUCCUCCGCCUUUAAAUCCAGAAUCUGCCCGACCAUCCCCAUCGCCCAGUACCUCCUCUGAUGGUGUACAUCAGCCUCCACCGGCAGCAAGCAUAGCACAAUAUCAGACCUUUGGGCCCAACCCCCUCACGUUUGAUGAUCCUACUGUCUACGAAAUCCGACCCAUCACAGAUGGCAUGACCGACGAAGAAAAGAAAGAAAUCUACUGCGUCGCUUCAUUCCCCCAUGAUGAUCUCCAUGAACUUAUAGCUGUCCCUCGAGGAGGCAUGGACAAGGACUUCAGCAAUGCAGUCAAACCAAAUAAUCAAGUUGCUGCUCAUACUUUUUCAGCUUAUCUUGACAACUAUUUGAGACCUUUGAAAGAGGAGGACAUUGGUUUUCUAAAUGAGCGAGGUGAUCGGGUGACUCUAUUCGCCAUGCCUCGCAGAGGCAAGCGUCAUUACACCGAUGUCUGGGCUGAGGAAGACGGCUCCAUGUCGCGGGACACCCCAGAACAAGACAGACUGCCACCCAAUCAGCCUCGCGGCUCCCUUGAUCAAAUGGACGAUGAGCUUGCGGAAACAGAUCAGAUAUCUGGCGGUCCGUUACUCAACCGCCUUCUCUCCACCAUGCGUUUCGAGCAUCGUACACCACCAACAGAGGAGAAGUCACAGCUAAAUGGCCUUCCCAACGGUAUCGGAGAAUCCUCCCUUACCAAUGGCGACCUCCCUAAUGGCACCAGUCACGACUCGGCACCUACCGAAGAGUCCAACAAUAAAUCUCAGACCUUCCCGGCCGCCACCGCCCUCCCGUCAUUCGACCGUCCCCCAACCAACGCCCAGAAUCUCUCACACGCCCAAAUCGACGAACGUCUUAAAGCCGAAUUACGCCACAUCGGCUUCCUUUCCCCAGACGACGAGCCAGACUAUGACGCUCAUUGCGAUGACGAGAUCGCAGAGCGCUUGCGUUAUCUGCAGGAGAAAUUGAGAGAAGUGAGCGUCGUCAACGGAGCAAGAAAACAGAGAGUCUUAGAGCUGGCUCAGGAACAAAUGGCUUAUCAAGAGUUUGCAACCAUCCUCGAGGAUCUCGAUGGCCAAGUACAACAAGCGUAUCUGAAACGUACGCGCACGUUAGGCAAAACGAAGAAGAACACCAAGAGGCCCGGAGGUGCGGGUGGUGGCAGUCAUCCUAUACAAGGCGGUGUCUCGACUGCCAAUGGUGCUGUGGGUGGAAUCAGCAAACCGGGCAUUGGUGAUGUAGCGAGGCAAUUGAUGAAUCGGAGGGCGAAAUGGGAGGCGCAAAUCGGGCCUGUAUUUCCACCUGAUAUUAGGAGAGUCAGGGGACCUGGGGAGGGGAUCUUUACAGACGCGGUCAUGGAACCAUUGAUGAGGCAGGAGAGGGAGAGGUGGGAGGAAGGUGAGGAGUAG